AUGUCUUCGCGCUGGCAACGAGCCUGGGAUGAAGCAGAGGUUCAAAUUGAAGCAUGGAGGAAUAUGCAGAUUUCGUCUAGUCUGCAAAAGCGGGUGUUACGCGUCGGCCAGUUAGAUGCGGAAUUGCUCGACGAAGAGCUUGUUCAGAUUCUGCAGGAACCGUUAACAAAAGCAUUCGGAAUUGUUAAUUCAGCUUUACGAUCAAAAUUGGAGCCCGAACUAGCCUUAAUAAUUAGAUUAACGCUAUACAAAUUCUCAAUGUGGGACUUGGGUGCAACAUACGGUGCAAAACUUCAAGACCUUCGCUAUCACUAUUCCAAAUCCCCGGCUGGCAAAUUAGCACCUUCCGGUUUGCCUAAGAGAAUUCUAGCUUCGCAUGCGCUUCUGACAGUGUUAAUCCCAUACCUUCACAAUAAGCUCAGAGGCCACGCCUUAUCGAAUGCUUGGCCGGACACUCCCACCACGGACAAGAGGCGUAAGGCUUGGAAUAUUAUAACACAGCUUGAGUCAUUGCAUUCUGCGGCUGCUCUAUUGGGGUUUGUUGUCUUUCUCUGGAACGGGAGAUAUCGCACUCUAGCGGAUAGGCUCCUAUCACUUCAAUUAAUUCCUUCUUGCAGAUUUACGAACCGACAAGUGAGCUACGAGUUCAUGAAUCGCCAAAUGGUCUGGCAUGCUUUCACCGAGUUUCUAUUACUGUUUCUUCCUGUGUUCAGCUCUCGGGCGUUUCGCAGGACGUACAACCAAUUGAGCUCUCGCUUUCGAAAUCUCACCUGGAGCUCGAUACUCCCCUCAAGCUCCGCAACGCUUUCUCAGGAUCCCUCACAGAAGCCAGUUGACCGUGGCAGGUUUUUCAGCCUUUCAGAUGACCAAUGUGCUAUCUGUGCAGAAAGGGUAUCGUUCGGCCUAUCAUCUCUCACAUCCGUCGGUACUUCAACCGAAGCGAACCCAUUCGGCGCGUAUCUACAAUCUGCCGCUUCUUUACCUUCAAGCAGUUCCGCGGAAGGCAAUGCAGACCAUAACGUAGAUGGGCCUCCCACACACCCUAUUACGACUCCAUACAGAGCAUCCUGCGGGCAUAUCUAUUGCUACGCUUGCCUCUCAGAGAAACUUCUGCGAGCAGUGGACGAUGGAGAGGAUGGUUGGUCUUGUUUACGUUGCACAGAACUCGUGCGGAGCUGCGAGCGUGUAGACGCAAUACUUCACGAUGACUCUUCACGAACAAGUGAUGGUUGGGAAGCCGACGAAGAUAUUGCUUCUUUUGAAAGCGAUAUGGAUACGUCAUUAGAUAGCGAACAUGAUUAUCGGUUUUAG